CCCGCCGCGGUUUCCGUGGCCGUGUCCUCCGCUGCCCCCGCGCGGCGCGCCCGGUCGCCAAAAGCGUUUCCACGGGCCGCCUAGAAACAACAUGGCCGCAGCAGACCUGCUUCCUGCCCGCGACCUGUAGGGGGCGCAGUGGCACAGGGGCAGCAGGUCAGGCGGCUCCGGCCACAUCUGCUCCGCUGCCUCCCGCUCUCCCCCUCCUCUCCGGGGCCGCGGCGGGGGCGGCCUGCGCUCCGCCCCGCCGUGCGGGGGUGUCUGAGCGCCCGGGAGCAGGCCGGCUGCUGCAUUGCCGCGGCCGCCCCGCGAGAAGCAGAAGCGGCUGUGCUGGGAGUGCCCGUGGGGGUUCCUCGGAGGGGCUCGGGGGCGGCGGCGGCAGGGAGGAGAAGAAAAAGAAGAGGGUGCGGGGGCUCGAGUGCCAGUGGGAGCCGAGAGGCUGACGUGAGCAGAGAAGAGCGGGACGGCCAGGCGGUAGCCGGGCCAUGUCGCUGCAGAGCCCGUCAGCGGCCACUGCUGCUGCCGACCUACCCUCCGGCGAGGGGCUGGCGGCGGGAGCGGAGCUGAAUGAGGACUGCGCGGCGCCCCCGUCAGCCCCGGAGGGCGGCGAGGAUGAAGAGGAAGAGGAGGAAGAAGGAGAGAAAGAAAAGGAGCGAGAGACACUGCCACCCAUCCGGACAGGAUCCAGCGCGGCAGCCGGGGGAUUGGAGAGAGGAGCCAAAAAUCAGUUUUCCACUUUCAGCAGUUUCAUCACAAGUAUCAACCAAAAGAAGGAAGGCAUCGGAAACAGAAAUUCACCCACAGAACUUGUUAUACCCAACAUCAAAAAUGUGAGAGACCUACCACCCAUUUGCCUUGAUGUACGACAAAAGCAGCGCAUCUCCAUAGAUACAUUACCCCAAGAAGCAAAAGCACCAAUUCCUCCUGAACCUUCCUUUCCCGUCCGAACCAAAACUGUGCAAGACUUUCAGGAUGAUUUGGAAAAGGCUAAGUCAUCAGGAGAUUGGAAAGCUGUACAUAAUUUUUAUUCCACAACAUUUGAUUCUUUCCUGGAGAUAAAUGCUGCAUUUAAGAAAGACACCAGUUCUCCAUUUAACACCAUUGAGGACUCUGGAAUUGAUGCAAAAUUUGUGAAUGUUGUCUAUGAUGCCUUAUUAAAUACUCCUCAAGAUGUUCAGAAGUCAGUCCUAAAAGGAAUAAUUAAUGGUUUGCUACAAGAAUGGAAGGGGCCACGAACAAAAGAUGAUCUUAGAGCAUACUGUAUACUUUUACAGAAUCCUCAAUUUAGUAACACUUCUACUUAUGUCAUCUAUGCUCACUUGCUAAGACAGAUAGCAGCCUUAACAGAAGCUGACCAUCAUUUCCUAGUGCACUGGUCUAAAAAGAUCACACAAAGGAGGUUCAAGCAACUGGUGGACAGGUUACUGCAAUUUAUUUCUUUACGUCUGUUUCCUGCAAAACCUGAAGAGUUUCCACCUAUGGUGAAGUGUACCUGGUGGAUUCCAUCAGCAACCAAAGUUCUGUCUUUAUUUAAUGCUUCAAAUAGUCUGAUCAGUCCUCCUAUUAUUUCAUACACGGAUUUCUAUAAUUCUACACUUGAUCAUAUUGAUCUUAUGGAAGAAUAUCAUAACUGGCAAUGUUAUGGAAAUUCUCACCGGUUUUCUUUCUGUCAAUACCCAUUUAUUAUUUCUAUAGCGGCAAAAAAAGUUAUUAUUCAAAGGGACUCAGAACAACAGAUGAUAAGUUUUGCACGGCAAAGCCUUGUGGAUAAAGUCUCUCGAAGACAGAAACCUGACAUGAAUAUGUUGUUCCUAAAUGUGAAAGUAAGGAGGACGCACCUUGUUAGUGACUCACUUGAUGAGCUAGCAAGAAAGAGAGCAGAUCUGAAAAAGAAGUUGAAAGUCACGUUUGUAGGGGAAGCUGGUCUUGAUAUGGGUGGCCUGACAAAAGAGUGGUUUCUUCUUCUGAUUCGACAGAUUUUUCACCCAGAUUAUGGCAUGUUCACCUACCACAAGGACUCGCACUGCCACUGGUUCAGCAGCUUCAAAUGUGAUAACUACUCUGAAUUCCGGUUGGUCGGAGCCCUUAUGGGACUUGCUGUAUAUAAUAGCAUCACCUUGGAUAUUCGUUUCCCACCUUGCUGUUACAAGAAAUUACUGAGUCCUCCCAUUGUUCCAUGUGAUCAUAACACACUUGUAGGCAUCUGUGAUGUCACAUUAGAUGACCUGUUUCAGAUUAUGCCUGAACUGGCCCAUGGACUAAGUGAACUUCUGUCCUAUGAAGGCAAUGUUGAAGAGGAUUUUUAUUCAACUUUUCAGGUUUUUCAGGAAGAAUUUGGUGUUAUAAAAUCAUACAACUUAAAGCCAAAUGGAGAUAAAAUUCCAGUCACAAAUCAGAAUAGGAAAGAGUAUGUUCAGCUCUAUGUCGAUUUUCUUCUCAACAAAUCAAUCUACAAACAAUUUGCAGCUUUCUAUUACGGAUUUCAUAGUGUUUGUGCUUCAUAUGCAUUACUGCUGCUUCGUCCAGAAGAGGUUGAAAUUCUUGUCUGUGGCAGUCCUGAGCUGGAUAUGUCAGCUUUACAGCGAAGUACCCAAUAUGAGGGCUACCAAAAAAGUGAUCUUACUAUACGAUACUUUUGGGAUGUAGUACUUGGAUUUUCUCUUGAUCUUCAAAAGAAGCUGCUACAUUUUGCUACAGGAAGUGAUAGAGUACCUGUGGGAGGAAUGGCUGAUUUGAAUUUCAAGAUUUCAAAGAGUGAAACAUCUACUAAUUGGUUACCUGUGGCUCAUACCUGCUUCAAUCAGCUUUGUCUCCCUCCUUACAAGAGCAAGAAGGAACUGAAGCAAAAAUUGAUCAUUGGAAUUUCAAAUGCAGAGGGGUUUGGUCUAGAAUAAAAUUAAAUGCUUCAAAACCAGCAUUUUUAUGUAGCAUUCACUCUUCUAAUUGUGCCUUUAAGCUUUUUGUUGUUACAUCUCUCAAUAAUCUGCCAGUCUUACCCAACUUAGGUUUUCUGUUUUGUUCUUUUUUAAUAGGAAGUGACUUUUUUUCCCUUGGGUGGCAAUACAUUUCCUGCUUGCUGUGUCACAUAAAGUUACUUUCUUCAUACACAAAGCUAUAGUCUAUUUGAUGAGGGAAACACAACUAUGACAAUUUCUAAGUUAUAGUUUUUCUUAAUAGCACUGUAAUAACGUUUCUUUUUACAUCGCAGGUAUUCCACUGGGAGAUAGUAUAGAGAAUAUUUAUUUAUUAGCCAAUCCCAGUGGUAGAAAGUUUUUGAUUAACCUGAAUAAUGGAAGAAGAAAAAAGAAAACAAAAAAGAGAACAAAUGGAGGAAAAAAACCACCACAGACCACAAGAAAACCCCUAUCAAAGCAACAUUACAGCAUGUAGCCAUAUUUUCACAAGAGUAAAUAGACAUUUUAGUCUUUAUAAAAUGUAUGCAGUUUUAGUAUUCUGGUUUUCUUUCUCAAUGAAACAGGCUGUCUAAGCAGCAUGUAAAUAACUGCCUGUGAAGAAAUAAGGUUUUGAUAGUGCCAUUUAUUGCUAGAAAGAAUAUUUUUUAUGAAUAAGAAGUUUUAAAUGUUCUAUAUUCAGCUUUUAAACAAGAAUGUUUAAAGGGUCUUUUUUUUUUCAGCCUGAGGAGAUUCUAGAUCACGAUACAUGUUUUAAACAAAUUGUAAGUUAAUUCUUUUGACAGCAAAAUAAUAAGGUUUACUGCAGAUUGUAGUAAACAAAACUAGGUAUUUGAAUCCACACAGAGUGAAAUAUUUCACUAAAAAUAAUUAAAUCCUCAACACAGGGAAAACUGGGAUAACGUAUCAUGCUGAAAAAAAUGGCAGCAGCUUUGUUGCAUUUUGUGGCCAAAUUUCCCACUACUUGUUGAAGUUGGUGACAAAAGUGUAUAGAAUAGCAUUUCAGUAGAAUGCUGAAGCUUUCAUUAACUUGAAGGCCAGCAUUUAAAGACAAUGCUUUGUGGGUUUUGCUGCACAAAGUAUGUGAAAAGAAUUCUGGUAUGCCGGCUCUGAGUUAGUAAAUUAGGAGCUGGAAAAUAAACUGCAUCAAAAAUGCAGUCUUAAUUAUAAGUCUGAGUUUUAUUCAUUAAUUGUAAAGAAUUUAUAACUAUGUUGGGGUUUUUAAUAGCUGCUGCGUGUUCUGUAGACCUUUCUUUCAGAUGAAUGAAGCCCAGAUUGUUCAAAACACUUUGACAUCUAAUUCGUCAGCUUUUCCCAUUGAGUUCUGCUGGGGCGUGGAUGCUUCAGUAUCUCAUAGUGUCUGUACUCAAUUACUUCUCAUCAAUAAGAGUAAAAUAUUCUUAUUUUCCCUCUCCAUACUAUUUGCAUAUACCAACAGAUUUACACACGAUGAGCAAAAUAAUCUGUCUCAUCCAUUGUUUCAAAGCUGUUGUGGAAUCACAGAUAGCAUCAGGUUGGAAGAGACCCUCAAAAAGGUCAUCUCAUUCAAGCUCCCUGCAGUGAACAGGGACACCUCCAACUAGAUCGGGCUGCCCAGGGCCUCAUCAAUUCUCCAGGGACAUUCUGGACUUCUUAAAUAGUUCUGUGUAAGUUUUAUUCCAUUUCCAAGAGAAGGUAGUGGUGGGUUUGCUGCUUUAUUCAAGGCAGAUAAAUAGUGGGAUGAUUUAAAAGAUUGGGCACUAUACUCGUAGUGCUCUCCUCAAAACCAGUGAUGAAAUUGCCAUUGACUUCAGCCUGGUUAGCAUGGAGAGUGUUAAAAGCAGCACUUCAAACUUGUGCAUUUUACAUUGUCUCCCAAAUGGAGAUUAUUUUAAAUUAAGUUUUAAUUUACAAGGUUUCAGAUGUUGAGAAAUAAAUGCAACUUUGCACUGAAUUAAUGAGAUAGCUUCAAAAGUUUCAACUAAUGUCGCAUUUCUAACAGCUGAAUGUGGAUGUAGGUAAGAAAUCUGGAAACAAACACCUCCCCCUUUUCACUCCCUGUAGAAUCCAUAGAAGGUUGGCUUGUGAAUAAAUAGCUCUACAGUUUACCUGAAAACCUGGCAAAUUAGCCAGAGUAUUUUUUUAAUGGCUUAAGUCCACUUUUAAUAACUAUUUAUCUGUUAUUGUUAAAAUAAAAAUGUUAUCUUAUUUUCACUGAAUUGCACUUUGCCUUUGGUUUAGUUUUAUUUAUUGAGGCUUUUUUUGAUUUACUGUGUAAUAUUACCUCAGAAUUCUAAGAAGGCUAUUGUAUUUGCAUUAGUUUUUAAAUAAGAGUGUCAUUUAAUGACAUUUUAUAUAUUUCCUGAUGUUGAUAAAUUAAACAGUAAAUUUUGUAUUUGUUAAAUGAAAGCGUUGUACUGUAUUUAUUAAAUAAGCAUCAGAUCAUUUACAAACUUUUCCUCGAUGAUGUUUUGCUGUUCUUUUUGUCUUGCCCUGUAACUCAACAGAUCUUUUUUUAUAUUCAUCAUUGUUUUGUACCAUACGAAAGAAAUCUGGUUUGUAUGAACUUGUUCAUUACCAAGUAUCUAUUUUUAUGUAUUCAAAUUGUGCAGUCAUUAAAUCAAGUAUUUCAA